CUCUGCGAUGCGACCAAUUAUUUUAUUCCUGCAACGUGAUAAAGCUUCGAACCAGAUCUCCUCAUGAAUUCACUCGAACACGAUGAUACAGGAGCGUCUUCGACUCAAGCCAAGCCUUGUACGACUUGUCGUCGAAGGAAGGUUAAGUGCGAUAAAGUCCGACCGGCGUGCAGCAACUGUGCGCGCACCAAGCAAGUCUGCAUUUACGACACUUCUGAUGGGAGGAAUGAAGGAAGCUCCUCUUUGUCCAGUGAUAAUGAACUUCGAGAGAGAUUGGCGAGGUUGGAGCAAUUGAUGGCAACGAUGAUGAUGUCUGACAAUGUGACAUCAAGAGGCAGCCCUGAAGUCCCUAAUCAGCCGCUAAGCCAGUCCGCUGUGAGCUUAACGUCUUCAAAUCCUCCACCACCAACACAACAACCAAAUACACCAGUCCAACUGCUUAAAGGAGAUAUUCCAACUGGCCAUAUUGUGUUCCAAGAGGGAUUCAGCGGGUACUAUGAGCCAGACUUUUGGCCCACUUUAAUUGCCGAGGUUGAAGAUCUUAGACAAUUGUUUGAUGAUGACUCAAAUGAAGAAACUAAAUGGGCCUCGUACUCAGCGGUUGGAAUUCCCCCGCCCAUGUCAGAGCCAGAUCUGCCUCUCGCUCACCCCACCAUUGAAGAGUCGAACAUACUGUGCAAGUAUUUCUUUGAAUGUGUGAAUCCGUUCAUUCGUAUUACGCAUCAGGGCUUGUUUGCUCGAGAAUUGAAGGAAUAUCGCCGUGGGACUUUCCACCAUCUGCAUGAGUUCGAGGCUCUUCUCUUUGCCAUAUAUACCCUAACUAUUGGUUGUCUUCGGCCGGAGGUAGUGGAACAGGCAUGCUCGUGUUCGAAAGAUGUAUUGUUGGCUCGAUUCAGGCAUUCUACUCAACUCGCGUUAGCCAAGAUCAAUUUCCUUCAAAGUAACAAAGUCUAUGCUUUAUCGUCUCUCUUACAUUACAUAACCUUUCUCUUCCAACAAAACAUCUAUAGAGAAGGAGUGGCUCUUCUUGGAUCUGCAGUUCAUCUUGCCCGGAAUCUAGCGAUCCACAAAGAUCCCGGCCACUUUCCUUUCUCUCCCUGGGUACACGAGAUCCGCAGGCGAGGGUGGAAUCAUCUUUGUGUACUCGAUGCUAUAGCUCUCUCCAGUUAUGGAGCAGAGUCAUGCCUUCCAGUAACCUCGGAUUCGAAGCCGCCGCAGAAUGCGAACGAUAGUGACUGGCAUGCAAGCCGUUUUGCUAAACCUUCUUCUGUGCCAUCUAGCAGUGUUGGCUUUAAGGAAAUGACUUUCGCCCUUGUUCAUAGGGAGCUGGGGGACAUGUCUCGAGGUCUUUCCAGUGUUAUCUGCCGAAAUUUUAAUCAGAAAGAGCAUCUUGUCAGUCAGGUGGAAGAGAGUCUUACACAGAGGUAUCUCAAUAUCAUGGACACAAGUACACCAUCACAAUCCAUUAUUGUCGCUCUGGUACAAGUUCGAAUUGCUUCUGCACGGUUAUCAAUUAGGUACCGUCGAUCCGAAGGAUCAAGAACUGAGAGGAAGAAAGUAUACAUGUCAGCUCUAGAGUUGCUGGAAGCCUAUGAGUACCACUCCGCCGCAUAUUCGCCAUUCAAUUGGGAAUGGGUAUUCCAAAGCACAAUUCCUUGGCUUGCCCUAGCUAUAGUGUUAACAGAAACACCGAAAGCCGAAGAACAGCUGGAAAUUGAGCGUGCACAGCUCCAAAUUGAAGCAUACUUCCAACGACUCUCUUAUGCUCCGGUAGCCAGCACUCCAAUGUGGAGAAUGCUUACCAGACUUCGAGCCCAUAUGCGAGAGGAUAGUAGCCCACCUCAUAUUCCUACCAGCAGUGUGACCAGCAGUAUGAAUCACUCGCCAGCUUCUAGAGGCGUGUCUGCUACUCUGGUGUUCACUGAUGACUUGAUGAUGGAUUUUGGAAAUGGACGGGUAGUAGGAGAUAGGUCCUGGCAUAAUGAUCAGCAAAUAUUGCAGGGUAGGCAAGACUUUCCCUGGCUGGACACCCAAAUGCAGUUCGCAGGUGGGGAGUUCGAGGGAUACAAUAACGAGCAGCGUCAACAAUAAAGAAACCAUUCCGUAGUCGUGAAGAGAUAGCAUGUAUCUAGGAGUGUGG